AAUGCACAGUCAGACCUCAGUGGACUCGUCCUGUUCCGCCGCACACCAACCCAACAGCACGAGUAUGGUUACGUGCGGAAAUCUGUUGCGGAUGCGGAACACCCUGUUGGGACAUUCCGACCCGCAGAUCUCCAUGGCCUCGUCGUGUGCUGCCGCAGCGCUGACCGCAUCGCAGCUGAACGUGGGUGGGACAGGAAUGCCAAAUACGCACGCGGCGGCAGCGGCUGGUGGUAUUGGCAGUGUGCGCCUGAGGGUGAGU